GAUGAUUAACUAAAGGUGUGUUUAUGGUUAGCCGACACCAAGAGUGUGUUCUUCCAUGCUUUUGUUAGGAUAAGGGGACCACACAAGGAAGUCUUGCUAAACAGGAGGAUGCAUUUCUAGUAAUUCUCAACUUUAUUCAACCUCAACAAGUACGGAAGACUUAACAAAUAGGAAUAUUGGACAUUUGUUCUUGGAAUUCUCAGACGUUUGUAUAAGGAUGUUUCUUUCAAUUGUGGAUGUCUAUUGUAAGUGUCAAAGAACUGCAAUAAUCCAAACAUGUUAUCUGCAUUAAUACAUUUCUGAGGUGCUUAUCUAGUUGACUGAGAAUUUAUUUGCUAUUGUUUUGUUUUCUUGGAAUAUUGAAAAAAGGUUGGACUCAAUUUGAACAAAAUUGAUUUAUUUGACAUUCUUGAUCAAAUCAAACAUUCCUUUUCUACUUAGUGAACGUUAAAUAUCAAUGCUACACCUGUUCUGUAAUUCACAUACAAUUUAUCUGAUUAAAUUGUAAAUAGGAAAAAUAGUGUGCAUUGGAAAGAAAGGAAAUUAAACAUUAGCAACAUUGCCUAACAUUCAACCUCUAAGAUCUAAGUGGCGACCAGUGGGUGAAAGUGGUUAGAUAGUGAAGAUUAGAUAAGUGUUGGUCUCUGCCGGAGGGAUCUCUUCUGUACUCAUUAACCAUGACGACGGGUACAGGGGGCCCAGUGGCCUCGUUCUCUGUGUGGGACUAUGUGGUGUUUGUGGGGACAGUACUGGGGGCGGCCGGCAUCGGCCUGUUCCAAGCCAUCCGGGGCCGCAAGAACACCAGCAGCGAUGAGUUUCUGCUGGGGGGUCGUCAGAUGACAGCGGUGCCCGUCGCCAUGUCCCUCACUGCCAGCUUCAUGUCUGGCAUCACCGUGAUCGGCACUCCAGCAGAGGCCUAUCGGUUUGGGGCGGCCUUCUGGAUAUUUGGCAUCUCCUAUGCCAUCAUGUCCAUCAUCACCGCUGAAAUCUUCGUCCCUCUCUUCUACCGCCUGGGCAUCACCAGCACCUACGAGUAUCUGGAGAUGCGUUUCAACAAGUUGAUUCGGGUGAUCGGGACCACCAUGUACAUCAUACAAACGGCCCUGUACACUGGUAUGGUCAUCUACGCCCCAGCUCUUGCUCUCAAUCAAAUCACAGGGCUGGACCUCUGGGGAGUGCUGGUGGCCACUGGGGUGGUGUGCAUCAUCUACUGCACCCUGGGAGGGCUGAAGGCGGUCAUAUGGACAGACGUGUUCCAGAUGGUGAUCAUGUUAGCAGGCUUCGUGGCCGUCAUCGCCAGGGGGGCUGUCAUCCAGGGAGGUCUGGGGAAGAUCUGGGAUGACUGUUACCAAGGAGGCAGGCUCAACCUUUUUGAUUUUGAUCCAGACCCUUUGAAGCGUCACACGUUCUGGACGAUCGUGGUUGGUGGCAGUGUGAUGUGGGCGUCCAUCUACUCCAUCAACCAGUCACAGGUCCAGCGUUACAUCUCCUGCAAAACCCUAACUCAAGCCAAACUGUCACUGUAUGUGAAUAUGAUUGGUCUCUGGGUGACUGUGAGCUUAGCAGUGUUCUCCGGCCUCACCAUGUACUCCAUUUACAAGAACUGUGAUCCACUCACCAAUGGUGAUGUAGGGGCACUUGAUCAGCUGCUUCCAUACCUGGUAAUGGACAUCCUGGCAGCCUAUCCUGGAGUCCCUGGGUUGUUUGUUGCGGCAGCAUACAGUGGUACACUGAGUACUGUGUCCUCCAGCAUCAAUGCGCUGGUGGCUGUCACUGUGGAGGACUUCAUUAGGCCAAUGUACAAAAACCUGACAGAUAAACAGGUGACCUGGAUGAACAUGGGCCUCAGUGUUUUCUUCGGAUUUUUGUGCAUUGGGAUGGCUGCAAUAGCUUCACUGAUGGGGAGCAUUCUGCAGGCAGCCCUGUCCAUAUUUGGAAUGAUCAGUGGCCCUCUUCUUGGGCUUUACCUCUUAGGCAUGUUCUGGCGCACAGCAAACUCAACAGGGGGACUCACAGGGCUGAUUAUGGGCCUUGUUAUUACCCUGUGGGUGGGGAUUGGAGCUCAGAUAUACCCACCCUUAGCUGAUAAAACCAACCCCCUGCCAAUCAGUGUGGCAGGCUGUAACCGCACACAGGACCUGAACUACACCACCCUGGCCCCAUGGACCAGUGCAGUAACAAUGACCCCUCUGCCUGAUGACCGUCCAGCUCUGGCAGACUCUUGGUACUCCCUGUCCUACUUGUACUUCUGUCUUCUGGGCACUUUGGUGACUGUGAUCGUGGGCUUGGUGGUAAGCGCUAUCACAGGUGGCUGCAAGCAGGAAAAGCUAAGCUCAGAUCUCUUUGUAAGGAGAAGUGAUCUAUUCUGUGCUGGCUGUGGCAAGGACUCAGAGGCAUCAGAACCUGAGAUAAAUGAAAAGGCUGGGUCAGAGCUGAAGAAGGGAUCAAACAAUGCUGGAUUCCAAGACACUCAGUUUAACAUUGUGGAGAAGGAUGUGGAGAAGGUCACUAAAAUGUGAUGCUGCCACCAAGCUAAAUGCACUCUGUCAACUGGAGUUCUCCAAGAGAACAAUUUUUCCUCUUACCUUUCCAUUCUACUUUUAUUGUAAUGAAAUUCAUUACUAAGAGAAGGAACCCCAAGUGUGUAAUAAUGUAGGUUGAUACAGUUGAUCAACUAGCUAGCUCAUGUAUGUUAGGCUAACUAGCUAUCUAAAUCUUAUAGUUAUCAUAGCCAGAUUACUUGCCCAGGUGCCUCGACCCCCAGGGGGCCUCCAUUGAUUUUGUAGAGUCAUUAAAGUAUCAUAUGAACACACAUAAGACAUGGCAAAAUGUGUAGAAUUGCAGGAAAUGAGCUUUAAAACUGUAAAAUGUUCUCUAAACCAACAAGAGUGGUGUGAAUAGUUUAGGAUCCCAUGUGUUGUGAGGUGGUUUGUUACUAUCCCAAUAAAUUACCACAUCCAUCCAGCCACCUAGGAAAUGUGUGUGACCAGACCUUCUCAAAUAGUAGUUGAGCAUCCCUGACCUAGGCCAUGGAAGGGUACUGCAAUGUAAAGCAAUAUUUGAAUGUAUACAGCACAUGUUGUAAGGUAGGACUUUUCAACCAUGUGUUAAGAUAAAACAAUAUAUAACAAUGUAAAUCUAACUUAAUUGUCAGUAGAAAUAAGCAUAUGCAGUUCAUAUGUAAUCAUAUUUAUUUUGUGUUUACAGCACUUUAGGCUGAUAUGAGACAUUUUACAGCAUGUAAUAUUAAUUUUGUGGAUAUAAAGAUUGUGCUGAAAUGCGUACCUGUUUGCUUGCUUGAUUUAUCUGUUAUUGUUCUUUUGGGAUUUUUUUUUAUAUUGUCAAGUUUUCAUAAACAAGGCAAUGAGCUAGACAAGGCAAGUGCACACUUACUUCUAGACGGGUUUGGAGGGAAACAGUUAUGCAACUGUAUCUUGCAUGCUUCACAUGCAUCUUUACAAAGGUGACAAUAUUAAUUAGGUUAACCAACAACUGUAUGCUACUAAUGUAUUACUGGCAUUUGUUGGCAGCUGACUUGGACAUGCAGGUUCAGCCUACCAUACGCAAACAUCCAAAAAACAUAGAGAAAAAGAGACAUCUUUUCCCCCCUCUCCCAACCACCAGUUAUUUCACCAGUUAUUUUAAGUAAUAACUUAACUGCUCUGCAAAAAGUUCUGAUUUGCUGACUGUAAGCCUACACAGAGAGUUAAAUUAAUCUGACCAAUGACCAUAGCUGUGUUUGAAUACUAACCUCAAUAACUGUACUAUUUGUGAUGUAAAUUGAAGCAUAGUAUGGAUAUAUUUAGUAUGCCAAAAGUUUCCGGAAGUUGUACUACAUUCGCCAAAAAGUAUAAAAGUAGUUGACAGUAGUGGACAGAUUGGAAGAAAAUGGCGGAAAGUAUGCAGCCGAAGUCCAACGAGAGCAGAUCUAAAAUUAAGAAAAAUACUAGGAAAAUGUUGAGCAAUGCAAUACAAAAGUAUUGACUUUUAAAAUAAGUUACAUUAUAUGGUAUGUUGGCUGACAAUUUGUUGGCUACGCUAGACUUACAAACCACAAAGCAUAUUAUGUAGUGCCGGUAUGUAAGCUAGCUAACGUUGGUUGGCUUCUAAUACAUGGAACUUGCUAGUUUUAUAAUUAUUUGCUAUCUAAUUACUCAACGUUAGGCCUAACAUGCGUAAGACAGCUAAUCCUUUUAAACCCGAUUUAUGUAGACAGACUUUUAUCUAAAAAGAGUGUCUAUUUGACCAUAGAGUCUGAUGACAACACAACAAAGUUGAUAACCCGGUGGGCCAGAAACAAAUUCCGGUUCACAGGAAAGAGGCAUGCGGCAUUGAAACGGUUUGA